AUGAGAAGUGGACCCUUUACCAUAACGUUAAACGCUGUUGAUCAAUCGAGGUCGAAGAUCUGUUCAACAAUCAAGUGGCGGAUUUCCUACAAAGAAGGUCAUAUUGAGUAUAUGUACAAGUCUUUGUUUAUAUAUACAUACAUACAUAUCUAUCUAUCUAUCUAUCUAUCUAUCUAUCUAUCUAUCUAUCUAUCUAUCUAUCUCUCUCUCUCUCUCUCUAUAUAUAUAUAUAUAUUUGCUCCUUAUUUGUCUCAUCUUUACUUUUUUUCUUUUCUCUUCUUUUCUUUGACGUUUUUUAUCCUUUUUUUUACAUUCUUCUUCCUUUUCUUUUGGGUUGUUUUUUUUACAUUCUUUUCUCUUUUUUUCUGUUAUUUUUUUCCUUUCUUUUCUUUUCAUUUACUUUUUUCUUUUACAUUUUUCUCUUUGUUUUUUUUAUUUUAUUUUUUCAUACUUAUUUUUCCUUUUACAUUCUUUUUUCAUUUACUUUCUUCUCGCUUACACUUUCUUCUUUGUUUUUUUUCUAUUCUCUUAUUUUCUUUUACUUUUUUAUUUACUUUCUUUUUUCUUUUUCAAAUUCUUUUCUCUUUUCAUUUACCUUCAUUGUCUUUUCUUUUACUUUCUUAUUUCGGGUUACAUUUUUUUCUUUCAAUUUCUUUUACUUUUAUCUCUUUUACUUUAUUUUCUCUUUUGUAA